AGAACCGGCCGGAAAUGAAGACAAAUCACUGACGGAAGAAGAAAAAUGGAAGCGGCAGUGUUCAUUCUAUCACUUGUAGACUGUUGUGCACUGAUUUUCCUUUCGGUCUACUUUAUUAUCACCCUGUCUGAUCUAGAAUGUGACUACAUUAAUGCUAGAGCCUGCUGCUCCAAACUGAACAAAUGGGUAAUUCCAGAGAUGGUUGGCCAGUGUCUCUCCACAAUGCUGAUGCUGGUCUCCAUGCACUGGUUCAUCUUCCUCCUCAACCUGCCUGUAGCAGCCUGGAACAUUUACAGGUACGUGAAGGUUCCGAUGGGAAACAUGGGCGUGUUGGAUCCCACUGAGAUUCACAACCGUGGUCAGCUCAAGUCCCACAUGAAGGAGGCCAUGAUCAAACUGGGUUACCACCUGCUCUGCUUCUUCAUUUAUUUGUACAGCAUGAUCCUGGCUCUCAUCAAUGACUGAAGCACCCAGCAAGCGCUCUGACCCCAGCUGCCAAAUUCCAAACUCCAGGGUUAGCUGUGUUCCCCUUUACAUCCUGCUUCCUGCACCUGUACUUUAUGCAGAAUAUCUUUUAGAACAGCAGUCUUAUUGAAGUUUACACUGGUACUCGUGUUGUCAGAAUUCCAGAGGUUUGACUUAGAUACAAUACUAAGGUUAAUAUUUAACCAUUUAACACUUCAGUACCACCAACAUCUCCUACAACAGCCUCUGUUUUAUUGCGAAGGGAACUGAAGUAAUCAGUUAUUUUAGUUUGAUCCAUCUGCCACAGUAUGAAAUUACAUCAGCAGCAGAUACACAGCUUAUAGUGGUAGAGGAAGUAGGUUUACUAGAGCAGAUAGAAACAGAAAUAGCCAAUGAAGAGAUAUUACUGAGUAGUAUGAGAGUUUUCUCUCUCUAUUUGAAUAUAAGGUGGAACACUUUACCACGAAGCCAAAGUGGGAAAAAUGCCAUUAUUGCCUCACACCUAAAAAUCAUUGUGACUUGUUGUGUCCCCCACCCAGUAAUGUUCCACUGUAGCCUUAUGUUACACCUAAAUAAUGUUUCUUUGCCAUUUCUGAAAGAUUUUUCAGCCUCUGUAGUUUUUGUUUAACUGUGUGGUUGGUCACAGCAGCAGCAGCACUGUGAGCAGCACACAGGCAGGAAGGCUCUAGAGUGAAUCCACAAACUUAUUAAACCCUGCAGGUCCAUUCAGACCACGUUAUUUGGUCCAUAUUUAUAAUUAUGGUGAGGAUCCCUGUUUGCCCCCUCAACAGCCUGACGUCUUCAUGGCAAACAAGGUGCUGGAAACAUUCCCUACAGAUUCGGUUUCAUGUUCACGAUUCACGCAGAUUUUGACAUCAAUUUUGAAAAUUCUCAAGAGGUCUGUGUGCGACUAACAAUGCACGGUUAGUAUUAGGGACCAUUGAGCGAAGGCGGUAUGGAUAUGUUGAGGUCAAAUUCUGACAUCUGCACAUGGCAGCAGAAAUCAAGAUUCAUCACACCAGGUGACAUUUUCACAAUCUUCUUUUGUCCUGUCUUGGUGAGCCUGUGUCCACUAUAGUGUGGAAGUGGAACCCACUGUGAGCUUCUGCUGCUGUAGUUGAUCCACUUCAAGGUUGGACUAGUUGUGCGGUCAGAGAUGCCCUUCUCCCUAGCACUGUUGUAAUGCCUGGUAUGUGAGUUACUGUCACCUUCCGGUCUGGUCAUUCUCCUUUGAACUCUCUCAGUUACAAGGUGUUUUCAGCCACAGAGCUUCUGCUUACUCAGUGCUUUUUGUUUUUGACACCAUUCUCUGUAAACUCUAGAGACUACUGUCGGUGAUGCCCCAGGAGACCAGCAGUUUCUGAGAUACUCAAACCACCCAGCCUGGCACUAAAUUACAUCACAUUACAUUUUUCCCCAUUCUGAUGUUUGGUCUGAACAACAGCUGAACCUCUCAACAAUGUCUGCAUGAUUGUAUGCAUUGAGUUGUUGCAGUAGGAUUGGCCGAUUAGAUGUUUGCGUAACGAGCAUGUGUAUAUGUAAAGUUGCAUAUUCUUUUGGGCAGGAACACGGAUUUACUGGCUGUAUAUUUCCUCUCAUGCAGGCACAGUGCAUACAGAUAGGUGAUAAAUGAAAUUAAAAUCCAACAAAAAGUUAGUGCUUUACAGUAAAAAUAAAGAAUAAAAUUAAAUAAAAUCCCAAACAUAAAACAAGAUGAAAUAACCAUUGGUUUAGAAAAAUGUGAAAGAGCAUACUGAGGAAGUGUAAUGUACGUUAAUAAGGUUGGAGGUGGAGAGCGCUGUCCAACGUGCUGCCCCAACAUCUCUGUGUUCAGUUGGGUUGAUUUGGUGGCUGAAGGCCAAACCAAAUGAUCCGCAUCAGUUUCAGUAUUUUCUUAUAUACAGUCUAUGGUAUUUCCUCUUUGUGACCAGUCUGAAUGCAUGUUUGCAGUCGCAUGCUGUUGGUGUAGUCUGUGUGGUGUGGUUCUGUGUUUUUGCUUCCUUGGUCUGGCUGUUGUUUUUCCAAUCGACUUUGGAUGAAACCACACGCACUUCUGGAUGACAAUAGUCUUGACAACUGCGUUCCCAUGGAAACCAUGUUGACUUGGAUCCGCAAAAUAUGACAAAUACAGUAGCCUGGAAAAUAGCAAUAUGACACUAAAUUGAAUGAUUUUACUGUUUAUAAGAUGGAAUUAGCGAGCUAGUAUGCUGUUAUUGUGUGUAAAGUGGGUUUCUGGUAUUGUGUAAUGGGGAACAUUAAUUCUUAUGGACUACAAGUUAGCAGUUUGCCAUAGAGGCUGUAUAAUGAGUAUUAGCUUAUCAUUUAGAAAGUUCUAACUGGCAGGUCAGACAUCUCUUCAUGUUAAUAAUAACUAGCUAUAUACCUAGCUGUUAAACUGACAGGAAGUUGCAUCCUUUCUCGGCUUAUUGCAAUGCAGUCACUUCAAAAGCCUUUAGUAAUGACUUCUUGACAUGAGAGCAGUAUCUCGGCAAAGUGGGUGUUGUAAACUCAGCUCUGAAAAAAGAAUCUGCAAUAUGUGUGUCAGUGUUACACAGGUUAGUACAGGUCUUCCAGUGCUGUCAGAGGCACUGGGUUUGAUAGACUGUUCACAUAAACUAUUCACCCACCUUGUACCUUUUACAGGAAUAGUUGACUAUCUCUACCAUAUCUGCCGUUUCGUCCACCGCUGUAGUUGCACCAUUUUUCUGAACUCCUCCAGCUCUCACAUUUUACAUGUCACAAAAUUGAUUUUAAGCUUACAUGAAUAACAGGCAGACAAAGUAUCAAAUGAUUUCAAAAUGAAAUGCUGAAAUCAGAGGCCUGUGAUGGUAUUGAAGUGCAGUGAAAACUCUGUUAUUGUGACAACACCAGUGAUCAUUCUGUUGUGCAUACAUGACCUGCCAGACUGAUGACCUACAACACACACACACACGUUCAUACAGUCAUGUUUGUCUGUAUUAAUCACACAAAUCACUAAAUGGGAUAGUCUGAUUGGUCAGUUGCAGUGUCAUUGCCCGGGCCAAAAUCCUUUGAACAAUUGGAUUUGACUUUAAUCAUGCACUGAUGUUGUGCUUACUGAAUGACUUUUGCAUUGAACUCACUGUAUGUUAAAGUCUGACAUUCACUGUUUGAAAGUUCCCUAGAUCAGCAGGUGUCUCAGCUGUUCACUGGAAUGAUGAUGUGUGUGCACACUCCUUUUUAUUUGGUUUAAAUGUAUGGACAGAGCAAUCAUGACUGUGCCGUGCAUCCAUAGCUGCUCUGAUGUGUGAGCCAAUUGUGCAGCCAUUUCUCUCUUCAGUGUUGGUGAAUUUUAUGUCUGAUUCACACUAAACUGUGUUAAGUUUUAUUUUUUGAGGGGAAUGUGGUGUUUCAUAAAUAAAAAUGAAAGACAA